AUGAGCACCACUGCACCACUUCUCUUGGCCGCCUUCUUUCUUCUCCCAAUCUCUAAUCUCUCUUCCAGUUUGCGUGCUGCAGUACCUGCUGAGGUGGAGUGGCGAAAUCACGACAUACGGCUGCGGCACUGCAGCGCCCAGCGCCCCAGCCCCAACUCUGAACUUCCCAAGACCAAUCCCAAGGUCUCUUUGAUGAAAAGGGCAAGUUGCUGGGGUCGGCAAGCAGUCCUAUACAGAUAUGGAAAGAGAGAGACUGUAUUGAGGUUCAUAACAGUUCUUGCACGUGCAAUGAUGCUUCAUGCAGUUGCUGUCGAUGCUGAUGGUUCCCCUGUCUCGGUUUCUUUGAGUGGUGAUACAAGGAGGAAUAUCAUUGUGUGGAUGGACCAUAGAGCUGUGAACCAGGCGGAGCGAAUCAAUGCUACCAAUUCGCCAGUACUGCAAUACUGUGGUGGGGGUGUUUCCCCAGAAAUGCAGGCUCCAAAGCUCUUAUGGAUGAAGGAAAAUCUACAAGAGUCAUGGUCUAUGGUUUGUAGGUGGAUGGACCUAAGUGACUGGUUAGCAUAUAGAGCAACAGGUGAUGACACUCGCAGCUUAUGCACAACUGUCUGCAAAUGGACAUAUCUUGGACAUGCACACAUGGAACAGUGGAAGGAAUCUGAUUCACGUGAUAUGGAGGCAUGCGGAUGGGACAAUGUUUUUUGGGAAGAAAUAGGGUUGGGAGACCUCGUCGAAGGAAAUUGUGCAAAAAUUGGACGCAGUGUCGCUUUUCCUGGUCAUCCUCUUGGUUCUGGUUUGACACCUACUGCUGCAAAGGCAAGCAACUUCCUUGUGCUCAGUAUUUUUGAGGUGUUAGGCUUACUUCCUGGUACUCCUGUUGGAACCUCACUUAUUGAUGCUCAUGCUGGUGGAGUUGGAGUCAUGGAAAGCAUUUCAGAUGCAGGAUCUAAAGCUGGUUUUUCUGAUGAACAUGCAAUAUGCCACCAGAUGGUAUUGGUAUGUGGGACAUCAACAUGCCACAUGGCUGUUUCAAAGAACAGAUUGUUUAUACCUGGUGUCUGGGGGCCGUUUUGGUCUGCGAUGAUCCCUGAGUUUUGGCUCACAGAAGGUGGCCAAAGUGCAACUGGCGCUCUACUCGAUUACAUUAUUGAAAACCAUGUUGCCUCUCCUCUUCUUUCUAACCAUGCUGCUUCUCAAAGUAUAUCCAUAUUUGAGCUACUGAACAAGAUGUUGCUUUCUAUGUCACACAAGCAGAAUAGUCCGUUUCUUUCUGCAUUAACUCAAGACACCCAUGUACUUCCGGAUUUUCAUGGAAAUCGGUCUCCUGUUGCUGAUCCAAAAUCCAAAGGAGUGAUUUAUGGCUUGACACUUGAUACAAGUGAGAAGCAUUUAGCUCUUCUAUACCUAGCAACAAUUCAGGGUAUUGCUUAUGGCACUCGUCAUAUUGUGGAGCAUUGUAAUGCUCAUGGCCACAAGAUAGACACACUUGUUGCUUGUGGGGGACUUGCAAAGAAUUCUGUGUAUAUCCAAGAGCAUGCAGAUAUUACCGGAUGUCCCAUAAUACUUCCUAGAGAGAAUGAGUCUGUGCUUUUGGGUGCUGCUGUUCUGGGUGCUGUUGCUGGCAAGAAGUUUCCCGGUGUUCGUGAUGCAAUGAAGGCGCUUAAUGCAGCAGGGAAGGUCGUAAAUCCGUCUUCAGAUCCUAGGGUGAAGAAAUACCAUGAUGCAAAAUAUCAGAUAUUCAGGUCCCUGUAUGAGCAGCAACUCUCUCAUCGCUCGACCAUGUCACAAGCAUUGCAAUAG